GCACUCGGCGGGUCCGCAAACGCGGACAUGACCGCGCACGACGCACGCUGGGCCGCCGUGUUCGACGGCGUGGGCGGCGUGCCGCCGCCCCUGCGCCCCGAGGCGCUGUCGCAGGACCUGCGGGACUGCGUCCGCCACAACUUGCGCCAGCGCUUCAAGGUCGCUGCGGCUGUCGGGUACGGCGCAGAAACGGUCGACACUUCCUCCAAGGGUGCGCGGCUGCGCCGCCUCGUCCAGAUGUCGAUAGGCCAAACCACCGCGUUGGGGUCCGCGUGCGCCGCGGUCGCCACGGUGAUCGGGCGCCCGCUAACCUACUUCAACGUCGGGGACUGCGCGGUGCAGGUGUUCCGCCCCAACUCGGUCUUAGGGACGUACACAAAGAUAUUCAACACGGACAAGCAGCACCAGCCGAUGACCGAUUCCAGUGGCAACAACGUCAUGGGGCCGAAACAGAUCUGCAUCAUGCGCGAACAGGGCCGCGACCCGGCCAUCGUCUCCCACCUCGUCUCCCAGGGGGCGGCCGGCAAGGUGCACGUCAUGCUUGACGACUAUGUCAUCGUAUCAUCCGAUGGCAUCGGUGACAACCUCAAUGACAACCAGAUCAUCGAG